AAAGAUGGUGUUGGAUCUGGACUUGUUUCGGACGGAUAAAGGAGGGGACCCGGACCGCAUCCGAGAGACGCAAAAGAACCGCUUCAAGGACCCGGGACUCGUGGAUCGGCUGGUGAAGGCGGACGGCGAGUGGCGAAGAUAUCAGAAGUUGGGGCUCUCCUGUCAUUGGCUGCAACAAGGACUUGUAACCCUGAGCCACACUAAGAACUCAUCGUGUUCCCUGACUGAGGACACAGCGAGCCUCAGAAGGCCUCCAUGACAGCGGUCCCUGUUUGUCUGCCUGUGCACCUCCAAGGCGCCACGGGGGCUCUCAGAGGGAUUGGAUAAAACGUGGAGCCCUAGCACCACAGAUUUGACCAUGGCUCUUACAACUCCGAGGAUUCAAACCGUGAUUUCUUUUUUCCAAUUCAGAGUAAUAGGCUGAGGGCACAUUUGGGCAUAUGAUAAGCAUUUCUAUGGACAACUUCUGAAGCCACUGGAUUUCCACCUAUUUGCAAUCUGCUAACCACCAGAAUUCUAUCCUCCCCCCAAAAGUGCUAUUCCGAAUGAGAUUUCUCUUUACUAUAAAUUGAAGUUGUUACUUCCUCUUAAUCUUUACUGCAGACUCCUUCAGCCAGGCCUUUGUCAUUGGAAUAACUCUACUUUCAGUUUCACCCCAGUCUCACCCAGUCCUGGCCACACCCAAGGACAUGUGAAAUGAAAAUCUAGUCAUUUUUGCUUCCAGGCUUAAGUCUUGCAGUGACUUACAUACCUUAAAUCUGUCUGAUAGAAAUACAACGUGAGCCACAGGCAGAUUUCAGACCGACAACUUGAACAAGCUGAAGAACCUAUGCAGCAAGACAAUUGGAGAGAAAAUGAAGAAAAAAGAGCCAGUGGGAAAUGAUGAGUCCAUUCCGGAGAACUUGUUAAAUCUCGAUGACCUCACUUCAGACACUUUAGCUAACCUGAAAGUGUCCCAGAUCAAAAAACUCCGACUCCUCAUCGACGAAGCCAUCCUGAAGUGUGACGCCCAGCGGAUAAAGCUGGAGGAAGAGCGGUUUGAGAACCUCCGAGAGAUCGGGAACCUUCUGCAUCCCUCGGUGCCCAUCAGUAACGAUGAGGAUGCGGACAACAAAGUCGAGAGGAUCUGGGGUGACUGCACGGUCAAGAAGAAGUACUCGCACGUGGACCUGGUGGUGAUGGUCGAUGGCUUUGAAGGCGAAAAAGGGGUCGUGGUGGCUGGGAGUCGAGGGUACUUCCUGAAGGGGCCCCUGGUGUUCCUGGAACAGGCGCUCAUCCAGUACGCCCUUCGCACCUUGGGAAGUCGGGGCUACAUUCCCAUUUACACCCCGUUUUUCAUGAGGAAGGAGGUCAUGCAGGAGGUGGCACAGCUCAGCCAGUUUGAUGAAGAGCUUUACAAGGUGAUUGGCAAAGGCAGUGAAAAGUCUGACGACAACUCCUAUGAUGAGAAAUACCUGAUUGCCACCUCCGAGCAGCCCAUCGCUGCUCUCCACCGGGAUGAGUGGCUACGGCCAGAGGAUUUGCCCAUCAAGUAUGCUGGCCUGUCCACCUGCUUUCGCCAGGAGGUGGGCUCCCACGGCCGGGACACCCGCGGCAUCUUCCGAGUCCAUCAGUUUGAGAAGAUCGAGCAGUUUGUCUACGCGUCACCACAUGACAACAAGUCGUGGGAGAUGUUUGAAGAGAUGAUCUCCACCGCGGAGGAGUUCUACCAGACCCUGGGCAUCCCAUACCACAUCGUGAAUAUUGUCUCAGGUUCUUUGAAUCACGCUGCCAGUAAGAAGCUUGACCUGGAGGCCUGGUUUCCGGGCUCGAGAGCCUUCCGGGAGCUGGUCUCCUGUUCUAACUGCACAGACUACCAGGCUCGCCGCCUCCGAAUCCGAUACGGGCAAACCAAGAAGAUGAUGGACAAGGUGGAGUUUGUCCACAUGCUCAACGCCACCAUGUGUGCCACGACCCGCACCAUCUGCGCCAUCCUGGAGAACUACCAGACGGAGAAGGGCAUCAUCGUGCCCGAGAAGUUGAAGGAGUUCAUGCCGCCAGGUCUCCAAGAACUGAUUCCCUUUGUGAAGCCUGCGCCCAUUGACCAGGAGCCAUCGAAGAAGCAGAAGAAGCAGCAGGAGGGCAGCAAAAACAAAGGGGCAGAGAGCGAUGUCACCCUGGAGAGCCGGCUGCAGAGCAUGGCGCUCACCGAUUCCUGAACAUUCCUUCCCCCCAGUUCGGUCAGCUGGGAUCCCAGAGCCUGCCCGCAGGCGGGGAAGCCAGACAUGCCCUCUCAUCGCCCGCACCGACUGACUGCAUUGCUGAAACGGGAGCCCUCUGCCAGCACACUGCAGUGUUCCUGUCUGCUCGCAUGGGCCUAGGACGCAACCACUGAGGACUGAGGAAGCCAUGCCAUGAGCCUCCCCUGCGGAGGUGAGGACUCGCCCGCAGUCCUCCGCCUGGGCCUCAAACCCUGGCUCACAGCUCUCCCUGGAACCACACUCACUUGUGCUUUUCCUCCUAAAUAAAGCUGUUCCAUGUAGCAAGUCA